AUGUCGACUGAGGAAACUAUCGGUAAUACUGCGGCCGCUUCUGUGAAUGACAAACCAUUGAAGUUUGAGGGAUCUGAUUUCAAAUGUUGGCAAUCAAAGAUGAAGUUUUUCUUAACUCUAAAAAAGGUUGCCCCCGUUCUGACUGAGGAUAUCCCUGUUGUUCAUUCUGGAUCAAUCGAGAUAACUAAUGGUAAGUCAACUGCUGAAUUCGAUGGAACCUCCAAAAAGGACGGAGUUUCCAAAACGCCUGAUGGAGACUCUGCUGCAAAAGAAAAAGUCGCAGCAGAUAACUUACAGCUCCAAAAAGAAAUUUCCCUAUGGCAAGAGAAUGAUUACCUAUGCAAACAUCAUAUUCUAAACAAUCUUGCUGAUGACUUGUAUGAUUACUACAGUAAUCACAAGACUGCUAAACAGGUUUGGGAAGCUCUCCAAAAGAAGUAUGACACUGAAGAAGCUGGUGCAAAGAAAUAUGCUGUGAGCCGCUACUUGAACUACAAGAUGAUGGAUGAAAAGUCUGUGGAAGCACAAAGCCACGAGCUUCAAAAAAUUGCUCAUGAAAUCAUUACUGAAACUAUGCGCCUCAAUGAACAAUUUCAAAUUGUUAGUCUGAUUACUCGCCUCCGAAUUGAAGAGGAAGCUCGGAGACAAGGUCAUAUCGAUGAAGUCUUAGUUAUUUCUAACAACAAAAAGAGAUUCGGUGCGGUUCUGAAGCCUACUGGAAAACCAUUAAAGAAUCAGAACUGCAAUGCUGUGAACCGAAUUAAGAAUGGGAAUCCCUCUAGGGCUUCAUCUGCUCCAUUUGCUAGGUAG